UCCGUCUGAUGUUUGUGCCUGUCGGGCUGCCGUAGAGGGUGGGCCGACCGAUUGGUCGGCGGCGGUGGUGGGCGGGAGGCGCUGCCGGGGCACUGAGGACUCCUCCCAGCCGGUAAUCGGUCCCCACAACGGCGGCCAGCUCCUGCCCCCGGCAUGGAGCCGAGCCCGGUCCCGGUCUCCGUCCUCACUCGGGACUGUCUGAUCCACGUCUUCACUCUGCUGGAGGCCGAUGAUCUGAGACGGGCCUCGCAGGUGAACGAGGCUUGGAAUGAUGCUGCAGAUACUCCCUGGCUGUGGAGAAGACUGUGUUUGGAGCGAUGGAUCUUCUGCAAUCUUUCCAAAGUGGAUGAUGGAAUAAACUCCUGGAAAAGGUAUUACUUACAUCGUUCCAAAUUAGAACAGCACAUGGCAUCGGGGUGUAGCACAACUGACUAUACCUGCACAACCUUCAGGGGUCACAGUGGUAGGAUCACUGGAUUGCAGUACUGGAGUAAUCCUGACAAUCAGUUUGAUGCUUCUAAAAUCUGGAGAUCUGUGGUUUGUACAACAUCUACAGACUGUACAUUGCGAGCAUGGAGCAUUCGAGAGGGUAAGCAACUGUGGUCAACAUCAGUACAAGAAGAACCUUUGGUGAAACUAUUAACUCUUCCACAACAAGGCCUUGUGAUUACUGCAGACUCCAAAGGAAAUAUUAAACUCUGGAAUGGACAAACUGGAGAGGAACUGGCUGUUUUUGCAACUUCAUGUACAGUUUGUAAUUUGGUGACCUACAACAUAGCUAACCAGCACUGCCUAACUGUGGGAACAGGGGGAGGAGCACUUAUCACAUUAACCGUUCUUAAUCUCAGCCAGAUCUCUCGCUUAUCGCUGGUUGAUGGUAAACCAGUGGAUUUUUUACUGGUAUCACCAGAUCAUCAAUGGAUCAUUGGUGGUACAAAAAGUAAUGAUGUCUCUGCUAAGGUAUUGCGGACAGAAUGUUUAAUGGAUCAUUUUGAUGAUGACAGAUUGGCAACAGAUUCCCUACAAAUACACAACUGCUACACAGCUUGCUGGUUACCUAAAGCACCAUCCAGAUUGGUUACUAUGACCAACGCCAAUGCUAUGGUUUUUCAAAAAAGUAUCAUAACUCUUGAUAUCAUACGUCAAAAAAGAAAACAUCAACUAGAAAUACAAGGUGAACAGGUUGGAAAUUUCACUUAUGAAGAGGCUGGCUGGAAUGAUGCACUUCUGGAAGGCCAUGGGAUGAAUACAGUUAUUAUUGCACACCAGACAGAAAUGAAACUGUUUUCCAUUGAUGGGGUACACCUUGCCAGCUUUCAUGACCACAAGGGUACUAUCAGUGGAAUUUCUGUGGAUCCUUUUCGUGUAGUUACUGCCUCAAUGGAUUUGUCUCUUAGAGUAUAUACAUGGAAAAGGCAGCCAAACAAAUGUCUCAGUCUUGAAAGCAAUUACCAUUUACUCGGAGGAUCCCACAUGAGGUCCAGGGGUUUCACAAGUGUUGUCUGUGACUAUGUAAGCAUAGUCGGUGCUGUUGAAACAAAUGAUGGAAAAGAUGUUCUAAAAGCAUACAACUUCAAUGUGUAAGAUACUCUCCUAUCACAAAGCCUUGCUGCACACUGAAUAGUGUGGCAUCAUUUACUAUUUUUAUUAAUUCAUUUGCAAAGUAGUUGAAAAAUGAAUGCUACAAAAUCAGCGCUUUCAUGUAAAAUGUGCAAAGCAGGUACAUUUUGUUAUCACAGAUUCAACUGUAUUUUAGAAACUCUAAAGUUUUUGUGUAAGAUUAAGUGUCAAUAUUUUCCUUUGUUCCUUCCUUAUUCCAAUCUUUCUACCUCUAACCUAAUUGGCAUGCUGGUUUCUUUUCUCAUUCCAUAAAUCUAAUUGGUGCAUAGUGGUGUUUGAAAAUGUGAAUGUGGAUUUUAAAAAGGGAUUAUCAGCACAGAAAUCAGUGCAAGUGAGUAUGCACAGAUUUAAAAAUGGAAAGAAAAAGACUUGAAAGCAAGUUAGGGUAUGCCUAGCAGUUUUGUAUGAGACCUGAUGGUGCAGUGGUAAAAAUUCUGACCAGAAGAUAUCAGAAAGUGGUCAAGACCAGAGUAAAAACAGGCUAGAAAUGUCAAGAGAUGAAUUAAACUGGAUAGAUUUAGCAACAUUAUAGAAUGGGAAAUAGAUAAUUUUAUUAUUGGAUUGGAUAUGUAGAUGAAAGUUGGACAUCAAGCACAGCACCAAGGUUGUGAACCAUGGGGCUCAACUUCAGACAACUCUGAUUUUCUGGUUACAAUCAAGAACAGAACCAACCAAAGGCAGGAUCGUCCAGCUAGAUACGCUUGUGGUCUAUCUGACUGUAUUCUCAACUAUUUUCCCACUUAUUCCCUUUCUCACCCCUUUCUGUCUACCUUUUAAAUAUUCAACAACUCACUUGAAGUAGAAGUGCAAAGGUUCAUUACUCCCAGAAAAUGUUUUGCUUCAUCUCUAUUUAAAAAUAUUUGCCCAUUCAAGAUGGACUUUCUUGUCAUCGAGAAUCUAGAACUAGAACCAUCAAGAACCCUCAGGAUCUAUAUAUUUUGAUUGAGUCACUUUUCAUGGAUACAAACCUAACAAAAUCAGGUUUUCCUCCUACAAGAAAAUGCCCAUUCCAGGUAUGAAUCUAGUAAACCUUUCAACUGUUUCCAAUGUAUUCGCAUAUUUUCUUAAACAGAUACACUCGUACAUACUAUGCUAACAGUUGUUUUGCCAGUACCCUACACAAUUGAAACAAUCUCUGUACUCCUGUUUUUGGUUUCCCUGGCAAUAAAUGACAGCAUUCUGUGGUUUUCCUAAUUGUUUGCUGUAUCUGCAUUCUAGCAUUGUUG